CCCCCGUGCGCGCAGGCGCGCGCCCAGCCUGGGAAGCCGCAGGCUCAGCGUUCAGUGACCACAGGCUGGUUAUUGUAGGUGACUGGUGGGGCCCUUGAGUGGCCCAUGGAUGGGAGAGUGGAGAUGGAGAUGUUGAGGACCUUGAAGGGCACUGCUGCUGGGGAGGUCAGCGUCCACCUGGUUGCCAACGACAGCACUGGCCAUCUGCCAGCCACCACCUUCAUCAUCCCAGCCAACACCACAACCAUCAGCCUCCCUACCAACACCUUAGAGAUCCCACGGUUCCCCAGGGAGUCUACAAGAGCAGGAGGACCAGAGCGGAUCCCAGGGAACGAGCCUGUCACAGCCACGGUCCUCCCCCAGCUCAGUUCAGGGCAGGCUGGCAACACUGUCCGAGUGCUUGAGUGGAAGGAUGGGGCAACCUCCCUACCUGGAAGCAACCUACGGCUGCGGAUCAGUGACUAUGGGACGCUGAAAGUGGUGGGCACAGACAAGAUAACCUCCCCAGAGCUGCUCCGGGAAGACUCGGACCCAGACAGAGCCCCUCAGGGCCCAGUGGUUGGUGGUGAUGCUGCCUCCCAGAUGCAGGAAUGCCCUCAGGGGCGCCAAGAUGAGGAAACUUUGGGCCAUUGCCACAUGUGUGGGCGUCAGAAUGUAUCAGGGCAAAUCAGGGGUUUCUGCAGUGAACAAUGCCAUCGACAAUUCAAAGAACGGUCUGUGAUUGUGGAGAACUCAGGGGGCAGCACCAACACAUCCGAGCUCCUGAAGCCUGUGAAGAAGAGGAAGAGGAAGGAAUAUCAGAGCCCUUCUGAGGAGGAAUCUGAGUCUGAACCUCUGGAGAAACAAGAAGAAAGGAAGAGCCUGGAGGCCGAGCCCAUCGCUGACACUCCCGAAAGUGAGGAAUGGAGUAGCCAGCCUGGACCUGGUGAGGAGAAGAAGGAUGGGUGGUCCUGGGCCUCGUACCUGGAGGAGCAGAAGGCCAUCGCAGCACCCCUGGAUCUCUUCCAUGAUUGCCAGGCCUUCCCACAGAACAAGAAUGGUUUCAAACUGGGCAUGAAGCUGGAAGGAAUCGACCCUCAGCACCCAUCCAUGUAUUUCAUCCUGACGGUGGUGGAGGUUUGUGGGUACCGAAUGCGUCUGCACUUUGAUGGCUACUCUGAGUGCCAUGACUUCUGGCUCAACGCAGAUUCCCCCAACAUCCACCCUGCCGGCUGGUUUGAGAAGACCGGACACAGGCUACAGCCCCCCAAAGGUUACAAGGAGGAGGAGUUCAGCUGGAGCAACUACCUCCGAAGCACCAAGGCCCAGGCUGCCCCCAAGCACCUGUUUUCCAGCCAUAGCAAUAGCUCAGUGCCCACAGGCUUCCAAGUGGGCAUGAAGCUGGAGGCUGUGGACCGCAUGAACCCUUCCCUCAUCUGUGUGGCCAGUGUCACCGACGUGGUGAACGGGCGUUUCUUGGUGCACUUUGACAACUGGGACGACACUUAUGAUUACUGGUGUGAUCCCAGCAGUCCUUACAUCCACCCUGUUGGCUGGUGCCAGAAGCAAGGAAAACCCCUCACCCCUCCACAAGAUUAUCCAGAUCCUGAUAGUUUCUGCUGGGAAAAGUACCUUGAAGAGACUGGAGCCUCUGCUGUCCCUUCCUGGGCCUUCAAAGUGCGACCGCCCCAUGGCUUCCUCAUCAAUAUGAAGCUUGAAGCCGUGGACCGAAGAAGUCCAGCUCUGAUCCGAGUGGCCAGCGUGGAGGAUGUGGAAGACCACAGGAUAAAGCUCCACUUUGAUGGCUGGAGUCACGCCUACGACUUUUGGAUUGAUUCUGACCAUCCUGACAUACACCCUGUGGGCUGGUGCUCCAAGACUGGCCAUCCCCUACAGCCCCCACUCAGACCCAGAGAACCCAGCUCUUCUUCUCCUGGGGGCUGCCCCCCACUCAGCUGUAAGAGCCCACCCCACGUUAAGACCUCAAAGUACAGUUUUCACCACAGGAAGUGCCCCACACCCGGCUGUGAUGGCUCUGGCCACGUCACUGGAAAGUUCACAGCCCAUCAUUGCCUCUCAGGCUGCCCACUGGCCGAGAGGAACCAGGGCCGAGUGAAAGCUGAGCUGUCGGACACCGAGGCCUCUGCACGCAAGAGGAACCUCAUUGGCUUCGCCCCCAGGAAGAAAUCUCGACACCAUGGCCGGAUUGGGCGCCCUCCAAAGUACCGGAAAAUCCAGCAGGAUGAUUUCCCGGCUCACCCUGGUCGACCUUUGUCCACAUGCUGGGAGCAGCACUGCAAACUUCUGCCGGGGAUAGCAAGUGUCAACGCGGCAUCAGUGACCAAAUGGACCAUCGAGGAGGUCUUCAGCUUUGUUCAGAUUCUGACGGGUUGUGAUGAACAAGCUAAACUCUUCAGAGAUGAGAAGAUUGAUGGCGAGGCCUUCCUUUUGCUGACACAGGCGGACAUCGUGAAGAUCAUGUGUAUCAAGCUGGGCCCAGCCCUGAAGAUCUAUAAUGCCAUUCUCAUGUUCAGAAAUGCCGAUGAUACCUUAAAGUGACUGUUCCCCUGGGUCAGGACUCCCAAUCAUCGGGGUCCUCCCCUUCCUGCUGACAUCUCCUUUUGGCCCCGGCUCCCCAAACCUGCAUCCCCAUCCUCUCUCUGUCUUGCCUCUCCCUGUUGGGAGUCUCGUCUGUUUCCAUCCCAAGUUUGGUCUCCAUGUUUCUGGGGGUGGUCCUUAGGGAGUGGGAAUGGAGGGACUUUGGAGAAAAUGCAGUCCCCAGCUCCAGAAGCCGAGUUUUCUCCUGAGGUUCUGGCAAAGGCAGAGCAUGGACCGGAGAUAGGCCUUCCUUCCAAGCUAGCCCGAUAUCUUGGGUCCAGCUCUGUGCCCACACAUUCUAAAAUUGUUGUGGAUGUUAUUGGGUGCUGGGGGAGGUAGGGACAGGACUGCUGACCAGGGAAUACCUGGAGUGGCUGUAAUCACAUGGUCCCUCAAAUCUCCUCAAUAACUCCCCCAUGGACUUUCUUUUUCGGCAACUGGACUUUUUCAGAGCAGUCAAAAGCAACUUUUCAAAAGCUUUAGGAGCUUGGCAGAAUGGGAAGCAUCCAAGAGGAAGCAUUUUCUUCUGACAUAAUU